UGUUUACAAGUGAUGUAGUGUGAGUAAAUAAAGAAGCUUUAGUGACGGCACAAAAUCAUUAAGCAAAUUUCCGAUUUACGUUAUGUUUUAUUGUUUACUGACAACCGGAAUAUUAUGUUACUCUGAGUAACAGUGUGAUUAAUCGAUUUGAAGCCAGUAAAUCGUCUGUUAGCUAUAAAAAAUGACGAAUGAUAGUCAGGGCCUCAAUGAAACGGUUAUAUUGGCAACUGGAGGAUAUGAUCAUACAAUAAAGCUAUGGCAGGCCCAUACUGGCGUCUGUCAGCGUACAGCUCAGCACACUGAUUCUCAAGUCAACUCACUGGAUAUCAGUCCCGAUAAACAACUAAUUGCUGCGGCAGGUUACCAACAUAUUAGAAUGUAUGAUUUAACUUCAAAUAACCCAAAUCCUGUGAUAAACUACGAAGGUGUGUCGAAGAAUGUAACUGGUGUUGGCUUUCAAGAGGAUGGGAAAUGGAUGUUUACUGGCGGAGAAGAUUGCAGUGCAAGAAUAUGGGAUCUAAGGUCACGAAAUCUCCAGUGCCAAAGAAUAUUUCAGGUAUCAGCUCCUGUAAAUUGUGUUUGUCUUCACCCAAACCAGGCAGAACUUGUUGUUGGUGACCAGAGUGGUGUGAUACAUUUGUGGGACUUGAAAACUGAUCACAAUGAACAAUUAAUUCCUGAACCUGAAGCAUCAAUACAGCAUAUAGCUAUAGACCCCGAAGCUUCAUACAUGGCAGCAGUAAAUAAUAGAGGCCAUUGUUACAUAUGGAGUCUCACUGGAGGAGUAGGUGAAGAGCCCACGAAGCUAAAUCCAAAGCAUAAAAUUGAGGCUCAUAGACGUUAUGCUUUGAAAUGCAGUUUCAGCCCUGAUUCAACGUUACUUGUAACAACAUCAGCAGACCAAACUGCAAGAGUAUGGAAAACAUCUGACUUUACUCUGCUUCAGGAACUUAAGCAUGAAGACCAACGCUGGGUCUGGGAUGCUGCCUUCAGUGCAGAUUCACAGUAUGUCCUUACAGCAUCAUCAGAUGGUGUCGCCCGUUUAUGGAAUGUUCUAACGGGAAAUCUUGAGAAGGUCUACUCAGGUCAUCAAAAGGCAAUUACAGCUUUGGCAUUCCGUGAUUAUGUAUUCAACCAGCAGAAGGACCAGGCAAAGAACGACGGCUUACAUAGCUCUUUAGGAUCAGCAUGUAAGCAUCCACUGGAUUCUUCCUAGAUUCAUGAAAGAAGACUGGAGCUUGAAAUUUUGUUCUGAUGCAGCCAUGAAAUCCGAACUCUUCACUGUUUUUAUGGAUGAAGAUGAUAUCUCUAUAAGGUAUCUGUGGUGCUCCCAGCCAAAUGAUACACCAUCUUGUGACAUAGUCUGAGAGCAUGCUACAGCAAAUGGAGUAUCGUCAUCAAGGCAAACCUGAUUGCUGUCCACUAGUUGCAAAUUUUAAGUUGAGACUGUGAAUUAUGCUCUGUAUCAAUCUUGUAUAUAUUAUUUCUCUACACACUUUUUUGUUUGUUUUCUUACUCUUGUUGUAUGAUAAAUAAAGUGCAUUUCAUAAUCAA